CUGACGGAGGAGACAUCGCCUCGGUGGACGGAGAACUUCAGCAGGCUACUUCACCGCCUCCUGUGUGUCACGGGCUUUAUAGAUAUGGGAUCCCCCCCUCUGUGUGGAUCACACACUUAAGCAGUUGCACGCCUCUCAUGGAUCAUUUAAAUUCUGCGAUCCUAUAUGGUACAGUACAGUUGCAGUUGGUAGUUGUAGACAGGGGUCUGCGCGCGAGUGUGCGUGUUUGUGUGAAUAUGCAUUCCUAGAAUAGAGCCAAAGGACGAAGAAGAGAGAGAAGAAGAGAGGCAUGCACGUAUCGUGCCUUUUUAUGAAGGGGUGAAGCAAAUAGAUUAUCUGUGGCAGAUCAAUCAGCAUUUGUCGCUCCCUUUGUGGAUUUGAUGGAUGUUUGAUCAGUGGAUGUGAUGCCCAUAUAUAUCAUCGACCGAAAAUUUCAUGAGAUAUCUGGUGAGUUGAUACAGCCGGCUGCUGAAGGAAGAGACCUGAGAAUGACAGAGACAAACACCCCCAAAUCGGCUAAGAAGCCCCGAUGGACCUCCCUGGAGAUCAGCCUCAUCACCAUCGUCUCCUUGCUCUUUAUUGUUGUUAUUGCUCUCAUCAUCCUCUUUGCCACCCAGAAGACCGAUGAAAUCUGUACCACAGCUGACUGCACGCAGUCAGCAUCUCGUCUCAUUGAGAACAUGGAUGCUACCGUGGACCCCUGCGAUAACUUCUACCAGUAUGCCUGUGGAGGAUGGCUAAAAAAGAACAUCAUCCCAGAGACCAGCUCAAGACACAGCACCUUUGACAUCUUACGGGAUGAACUGGAGGUCAUCCUCAAAGGUGUCCUUGAAAAAAAUGUGGAGGGGGAAGCAGCUGCGCUCACCAAGGCUAAGACCCUUUAUAAGUCCUGUACCAAUGAGAGUUUAAUUGAGCUCAGAGGAGGAGCACCUUUACUCGACAUGCUGCAUGACAUAUUCGAGUGGCCCGUAGCUGUGGACAACUGGGAGACUGACUUUGGGAAAACUUGGAGAUUGGAGGAUGUCAUUGCCAGGUUAAACGAGAGAUACGGAACUCAACUCUUGGUUAACUUUUUUGUCGGCACUGAUGACCGAGAGUCCACCUCGCAUAUCAUUCAUUUUGAUCAGCAGACGAGCCUCGGUCUCUUGUCCAGGGAUUACUACGCUUGCAAUGGUCCCUAUGCAGAGGCAUGUCGGGCCUACAAGCAGUUUAUGAUUGACCUGGCUAAGUUGAUCCGCUCUGACAGAGGACUGGUCAUAAAUGAAACCAGUAUUCGAGAGGAAAUGACACGAGUUAUGGACUUGGAAAGGGACAUUGCCAAUGCCACCGAUACUCCAGAGGAUCGUAACAAUCCAGUGUUGCUUUACAACAAAAUGGAACUGGGGGACCUAAACGCCAACUUCACCCUUGAGGUUGAAUCGCAGGUAUUCAACUGGAGCUACUUCACAGCUAAGAUAAUGGAUACAGUCAACAUCAGCAUUCCUGACACGGAGAAAGUCAUAAACUACUCCCCCAACUAUUAUGGAAGACUCAACCAUGUCUUGGCUAAAUAUACCAAAAGGGAUCUGCAGAACUACAUGGUGUGGCGUUUUGUUAUGAACAUGGUGGUUGGCCUGAGCAAAGCUUACAGAGACACAAGGAAACCAUUCCGCAAGGCUCUGUCAGGCACAACUUCAGAGGCAGCUGUGUGGCGGCAGUGUGCACUUUACGUUAAUAACAACAUGGAUAAUGCUGUCGGACGGCUGUAUGUGCAAGAAGCUUUCUCUGAAAAGAGCAAAGAACUGAUGGAGGAGAUGAUAAAAGACAUUCGAGAAGUUUUUGUUAGUAACCUGGACGACCUAGCUUGGAUGGAUGCAGAGACCAAGAAAGCAGCUGAGGAGAAGGCUCGAUCUAUUGAAGAACGGAUCGGUUAUUCUGACCGCAUCAUGGACGACGAAUUCCUUAACAAUGAAUACAAAGAUCUGAACUACAGUGCAGAGGAGUACUUUGAAAACAUCCUACAGAACCUGGAGUAUGUGCAGAAGAAACGCCUGCGGAAACUCAGAGUCAAAGUCAACAAAGAAGAGUGGGUAACUGGAGCCGCUGUUGUCAAUGCCUUUUACUCAUCCAGCAAAAACCAAAUAGUGUUCCCUGCAGGUAUCCUCCAGCCUCCUUUCUUUAGCAAAGGCCAGGCUCAAUCUCUCAACUAUGGUGGCAUUGGCAUGGUAAUCGGUCACGAGAUCACACAUGGGUUUGAUGACAAUGGCCGUAACUAUGACAAAGACGGUGACUUGAAAGACUGGUGGACACCAGAAUCCACUCUCAGAUUCCUGGAGCUGUCAAAGUGCAUUGUUGAUCAGUACAGCAACUUCUCUUGGAAGCUGGCCAAUGGACUUUAUUUAAAUGGUAACAACACCCUCGGGGAGAACAUUGCUGAUAAUGGAGGGAUACGACAGGCUUACCAGGCCUACAAGAACUAUGUGAAGGUACAUGGAGAGGAGCCAUUGCUGCCUGGCAUCGAUCUUUCCCAUGAUCAACUUUUCUUCCUAAACUUUGCUCAGGUGUGGUGUGGGACACACCGACCAGAACAAGCUGUUAAUUCCAUUAAAGUAGAUGUGCACAGUCCAGGGAAAUUCAGGGUUCUGGGCUCCCUACAGAAUUUCCCAGAAUUUGCCAAAGCAUUCAACUGUAACAAAAGCAGCUACAUGAUCCCUGACAAUGUGUGCCGUGUGUGGUGAUUGAAAGACCUCUGGGAUGGAUCAUCCCUGUCCCCCUGCAGUACCUCUCCCCUCUGUCUGUUGGAGCACUCAUAGAGGGCUACAUGGAGGUGGAAGCUUCCCUUAUCUCUCUUUGGAUGGACCAUGGCUUUUGGACUGGUGCUGCAGUAUGCACUUCAUCAAAGGAGAGCAGCAGGCUGCACGAACAAAGCACUGUCUCUCUAACUGAUACUGUAGUUCAUUCAGUCCACCUGAUUACUCUCCUACUCACUGGAUACAAUCACUUGCGUUUUCUUUUUUGCUUGUAUGGUUUUUUUUUUUUUUGUUUUUGUUUUUUUUUUUUUUUUUCAUUUUCUUGUUGUCUUACGUAUCACUUAAGGGUCUGUCAGUUUCAUUUGCAAGUGUGUAUGUGAUUAUCAAAAUGUCAAAAUGCUGUAUAAGUUUGCAAUAGAGUGCCGGUGACAGAAAAAAUGUGCUUAACCCACUUACUUGCAAAUGAAUACACCACACACCCACUCACACAUACAUGCAACAAGGCUGAACCGCUGUGUUGUAUGUGGGACUGAGCUGACUCGUAAAACCUCAGCUGCUUUCAGGCUUCAUCUACAAGCAUUUACACUCUACAAUGUACUCUUUUGUUUAUACAUAAAGCUAGAUUAGAUAAAUUAUUACAGAAAAACAGAAUUUAUUUUAAUAGAGCAGUCAGUUUAUUUAGACUGUAUUACUCAGUACUGUUAUAUAUAUGUUAAUGACAUUAUUGCUGUUGACAGGGGUGCUGCUGUUUAGUAACACAAGAAAGAAUUGCCUAAAAUGAAGCCUUUUAAGAUGACAGCUGGUAAUGAAUCAUUGAGAUGACAAUCUACACACCCCAAGAUCCUUUUUCAUGUUUUCUGAACCUUCUGUAUGUCUGUGUGGAUGUCCCCAUGUGUUUCAGUGUUUGUGUGAUUUAUUGUCACAUCCUGAUGUUGGUCAAGCUAAUUUGUAUGCCUUACAGUUGUUGCUACAGUUUGUAUGAGCAUUUGUGCAUUUGUAGGAGAUCAAAGGAUCAGAAAAUGUCUUUUUAAAGAAGUAAAUUGACUCUUGACGACUCAUAUACUUAUUUGAGUAUUUACAUGAAAAAGGCAGUCCUUGUUUUCUCAUUUUAAACUCAAUUAUCACAUAUGUUUAAUUGGCACCAAUGUAAAUUGGCAGAAACAUAUUUAUACUUUGGCAUGGUGGAAACGUCAAAACCUGGAGCAGUGACUUCAUUCAGUAUCUGCCAGUUGCCUAGCAACUACAAUUAGGAGAGGGUACUUGCAGAACUUGCAAUUCUAUUUUUAUAUGGAUUAACAAAGACUUAUGAAAUAUUAAUUGGUGAACUUAAACUGAUAAAAACUAACCAUUAUAUUGGAUGUAACUAGAAAAGUUAU